CGGAUGCAAAUUGCCCCCCCACACACAACACACCCCACCUCGUUCGUUCCCCACUUCCGAAUCCAGCGCCGCCCACCGAACCCUCUGCAUCUGUUGCCCGUCGCCGGAGAACUCCAAGGCGCUCUUUCCCUUCGGCUGGCUGGCUGCCGUAAGUAUGUGCCGGAGGAGACACACACCUCAGCCUUAUUUCUUCUCUUGGCGCGGAAGCCCUAGCGUGGAUGUGGAUCGUCACUUUCCUUCUUUGCUAGCUCCGAGGUGACUGCUCAUUCUGCCUGUCGGACCUAACUGACAUGGGUUGCUCUAGUUGUUUUGGCCUUUUCACCAAACGUCGUGAGUCUCCCUCCCAGUCUCGUGACUCUGAUGGCUUCUUAUCCGAUGAUCCAUUGAUUUGUCAAGACGACUACGGUCACGAUGGCGAAGAUGCAGAUUUUCCUUUUGAAAGUGACACUAGGCCACGACGGUCUGUCAAGCGCGCUCAAGAGAUUAUAAUGUCCAGAGCUCAGAGUGGUUUUGUGUGUCGGCAAGUUCCUGUUAAGGAGACAAAUAAAGCAUUUUGCCACGAGGACGAGGAGGGUAACAAGAUGGUUAAUGAAUAUGUCCACCUGUGGAAGAUUGGGUCUGGAAGCUAUGGCAAAGUGGUUCUAUACCGGAACACUGAAGAUGGGAAGCUAUAUGCAUUAAAGGUUUUGCAUAAAUCUUACAUGAAGAAAGUACGCGUAGCACCAUCAGAGACUGCCAUGAGUGAUGUUCUUCGCGAGGUUUCCAUCAUGAAAAUGUUGGAUCAUCCAAAUAUAGUAAAUCUCAUUGAGGUGAUUGAUGACCCAGAAAUUUAUAAAUUCUACAUGGUUUUGGAAUAUGUUGAAGGAAAGAUGGUUUGCGGUAAUGGUUUAGGGGAAAUUGUUUCCAGAAAAUAUUUGCGGGAGAUUAUCUGUGGCCUCAUGUACCUCCAUUCUCAUGAUGACGAUGAUAUGCUCCGGAGAUCUCCAGGGACUCCUGUUUUCACCGCACCAGAGUGCUGCCAAGGUUUGACCUAUCAUGGCAGGGCAGCCGAUACAUGGGCCAUUGGUGUUACUCUAUACUGUAUGAUUUUGGGUCAGUAUCCAUUUCUCGGGGAUACCUUGCAGGAAACUUAUGACAAGAUAGUGAACAAUCCACUGGAAAUUCCUGAUGCCAUUAACCCCCAGCUUCUGGAUUUUCUGGAAGGACUUCUCUGUAAAGAUCCAGGAGAUCGCAUGAGCCUGCAGUCCGCGGCACAGAAUUCGUGGGUGGUUGGGGAGGAGGGGCCAGUCCCUGAAUACUGGUGCCGAUGUGGUUUCGGGCGCAGAGAAAAUCAUGUCCAAUAACAAAAAAUGCUUCUCCUGCCAGUACAGAUAAAUCUACAGAUGUGACUGUUCUCUUUUUAGGUGUGGAAAUGGCCAUCAGACAACCUUGUAAUUUGUAUUUCGUUUUCUGUUUGCGGAUGUCACGAGGAAUGAGUUUUAUUAUGAGUGUACCAACAUGGAUGGCGGUCGUUUAAUACGCUAUGCACUGUUUGAAGAUCUUGAGAAGCUAUCGUUCUCUUUUCUGGUGC